AUGUCUGGUCAAGAUAUAUCACCUGGCUCGGUGAUCACCUUGACCGACGGACGACAGGCCACCGUGCGCUUCAUUGGCAGCACUCACUUCGCAGCUGGAGAUUGGAUUGGCGUUGAAUUGACAGACGCCACGGGCAAGAACGAUGGCGCAGUCCAAGGGGAGCGGUAUUUUGAUUGUGAAGCAGGUUAUGGCAUGUUCAUCCGGCCCACGGCCGUUGGCGCGGUUCUACCACAAGCUCCGCGGGAGAGUAAACAAAGGACCAGAGCCGGUACCAAUGCCACCACCGGCAGGCCAUCCAUCUCGACGGCUGCAAAGAAGCCUCCUGGAGUGCCGCCGAGUGCAGCCAAGCGACAAAGCGUCAAUGCGUCCACCCCUACGCCAGCCCCGAAGAUGGGCGCUCGAUCAUCUUUAAGGUCCCCUACCAAGUCCCCCACAAAACAGCUGUCCUCGGGCGCCCCUGCUCGCCCUUCGAUGGGGGGUGCUGCGCGCACUUCCACCGUGGCAUCUAAUCGGCCCCGACCAGCACCUACCACUCGACCUUCAGUCGGCCCAUCUUCAACUCCAGCCCCCAGAUCAUCACGCCCUUCUGUUUCCGGCUCAACCAGAUCAUCGCGACCGAGCUCUCAGACCAAUGUGUCCGCACCUGCCUUGUCGAAACGACCCUCCGUACGCCAGGUUGCCCCCACAAAAGCAGCAGAUGGGGAAGCCGGAACAAGUGGACCCUCAGAGGAGCCCACAGAUGUUGAAUCUCUAGAUGCCGAGGAUGGACCACACGAUACAGAGAUGGCACCUCCACCAGCCGCUAAGACCCCUCGACAGUCGAUGACUGCUACGCGCCCUGCGGCUGCUCGGCCAGGAGCUGCGACGUCCACAACCCAGCGCCAGGGCCAGAGCACUGCUGUCAGUCGAGAGCUAGAGGAGCUUCAAACCAAGCUUCGUGUGAUGGAAAAGAAACGGUCUGAGGACCGUGAAAAGAUGAAAACCCUUGAGCAGCUGCAGUCUGAACGUGAUAAAUUCGAAGCUAUCAUUCAGAAGUUGCAGGCGAAGUACCAGCCCCAGCAAAUAGAGAUUACAGAUCUGCGCAAGAAACUCAGAGAUACGGAAGCUCGUUUGGAGGAAGUGGAACGUAUGCAGGCUGAGCAUGAAUCACUCAUGGAAAUGGCGGGACUUGACCGCGAGAUGGCAGAGGAGACGGCCGAUGCAUUCAAACAUGAAUGCGAUGCGCUCCGGUCGAAAAUGGAAGAGCUUCAAUUGGAGGUUGAGGUUCUCCGCGAGGAGAAUGAGGAGUUCAGCCAAGUUACAAGCCCCGAGGAGCGAUCUAGUCAUGGAUGGCUGCAGAUGGAGAAGACCAACGAACGCCUUCGCGAGGCUCUCAUCCGACUCCGUGAUAUGACACAGCAACAAGAAGCAGACCUGAAAGAUCAGAUUAAGGAACUCGAACAAGAUCUUGAGGAAUAUUCUGCUGUGAAAUCCGAGUUCGAAGCGACCAAGGAAAGGUUGUUGGUUGCGGAGACAAAUGUGGAUGACCUCAAACAACAACUAGAGACCGCCCUUGGUGCUGAGGAAAUGAUCGAAGAGCUUGCCGACAAAAAUAUGCACUACCAGGAAGAAAUCAGCGAGCUCAAAGCUGCCAUUGAAGAUCUGGAGGCUCUGAGAGAAAUCAGCGAUGAGCUCGAGUAUACGCAUAUCGAGACUGAGAAACAACUCCAAGAAGAAAUCGAUUACCGCGACGGCGUAUUCAGCGAACAAUCUCGGAAGAUUACCCAACAAGAUGAAGUCAUUGAAGAUUUGGAGUAUACAUUGUCUCGCUUCAGAGAACUAGUGACGAACCUCCAAGCCGAUUUGGAAGAUAUGCGCGCGUCUCAGCAGAUCUCAGAAGCUGAGGCUACUGACCUCACGACACGGUCUCGCGCGAUGAUGGACCUAAACAUGAAACUACAUGCCUCAGUAUCAAAGGCACAGACGAAGUCCAUUGAUGUUGAACUUAAGCGCAUGGAAGCAGAAGAAGCCGCACAACAUCUUUCCAUUGUGAAGCUUUAUCUGCCGGAGUACUAUGAAGGAGAGCGGAAUGCCGUUCUGGCCCUACUUCGAUUCCAACGUGUGAGCUUCAAGGCUACUGUGAUGAGCGGCACAAUUCGUGAGCGCAUAGCUGAGCAAUCAGUAAUCUCCAGCCACGAGGAGAUUUUCAAUGCCUUGGAGGUCUCCGAACAUCUUCUAUGGAUCUCAACAAUUUGCGACCGGUUUGUGACUUACAUCAAUGCCUGCACACCGGAGCAGUUCAACAGCACCAAGGCCGCUUUGUUCGAGAUGGAGCCCGUGGAGCGCACCCUUAAUUUCUGGAUUGAGAAUUUGAAAAAGAACGAAGUUAACAUGGCCAAGUUCGCUGUAGAAUUGCAACGCUCUAUUGCUCUGAUUGCACACCUGGCAGAGACUCUGCUUCCCUCAAGCCCAGAGAACUUUGCGGGUGAGCUGUCAAUGCGCGCCAACUUAUCCCAAUCAUACCUCGACCAUGCUGCUACGGCCAUCUCUCGACUAAAGGCUCUCAUCCAGUCCAAGUUGCCUGCUCCAAAGGAGCUCGGCGAAAGCAAUGAAGCAAAUGAAGGCAACGAGGCCAAUGAGGGCAGUGAAGGUGACAAAGUCGAUACAAGCAAUGAAGAAAUCACCUUUGCUUUCAACAAACUCGAUGCUUUUGUUUCUCAUGCUCGUGGAUACAAGGUAGCGAUGGGCAAGAUUCACCGGGCCGUUGAGGACUUACGUUCGAGAUCUCUUGUUCUUUCAGAGCAGGCCGAUGAGCCAUUCAAAAAAAUCGAGAACUUCACGCGAGAGCUCUCGGAACUUGCUCGGAAGCUGGGCGAAGCUGUGCUGAGUCUGACCAGUGAUGAAGGUCGUGUUGAACCCUAUACUUUGCAAGAGAUAUUGGAGAGCAUGUCGCUAGCCUCCACCGGUCUCAUGCAGGGCCCAGACACUCCCACCGAAAAUAACGACCCACUCUCCCUGCUAGUGAACAAGCUACGCGAUCUGGCCAGUCAACUUGAAGAGCUGGACUCAAUCUCAACAGAUCUGUCUAAGACUACCGAGUUCGAGAGGGGCGCAUUUCCUUGGAUUGCGCGAGCAGAGGAGCUCAAGUCUAACAAGACGAUUUCUCCAGACGCCGACGAAGAGAUUCGCCGCCUCAAGAACGAAGUUCAUGAAGUCUCGACGGCCCUGGGCGUUAAAGACAAUACUCUUGAAGAGCAAGGCAUCAAAAUUGAGCUUCUAGAGUCGCGGAUGAAAGAAGCGAGCAAGAAAGCGUCUAUGGUCAAGGAGCUUGAAGCCAAGAUUGAAGAAAGCCAGAACAUGAGUGCCGAGCUGGAGAAGACCGUCGAGCGACAGAAGAAAGAGCUUCAAACCGCCGAAGCGGAGCGCGACGAGUAUAAGAACCGCCUCGAAAGAAUGAAGCGUGUCUCUGGAACUGCGGGUGUGGCGACUGCAGCUGGGGGCCUUGUCAUCGACAACGAAGCUUCUCUGGCAGCAAUGCACGAGAACGAGUCUCUACGCGCUGAAGUCGAAAGCCUCCAAUCCGCCGUCCGUUAUCUCCGUGAAGAGAACCGCCGUGCAAACCACAUGGACCCAUACUCUGUACAGCGGUCAACAGACAUGUACGCCUGGCUGGAUGCCCCUCUCACUCGUACAACCCCAACGGUAGAGCAAGAGAAGAUCCAGCGCACAGCCCUGGAAAGCCGAGACGUCUUCACCCACCUCCUCAAACUGACCAAGGACUCCCGUGUCCCAGACCUCAAAUCCACAAUGGUCCCACAGGAACGCGAGGAAGAUACCGUCAACCGCACCGCAUGGCGCCCAUCCAAAUCUCGACUCAGAUACCAAGUUCUACGCCAACGCGAGAACUUCGAACACUGGUCCGAAUGGCGCGACGACAUCGUCAAUCAUGAACGCGAACAAGACCGACUGGCUGCCGCUAAGCGCGAGCGUGCUCUACGUGACCGCAUGCCGAAACAUGCCCAUAAAGCUUCUGUCGAGUUCCCCCAGGGUCUUGGACAUGGCAUGAUGGGACGUGCGUGGCAAAUCCUCGGCAUGCAGAAUUCUCACAAGAACAGCUCAAGUGGACCUGCUCCUGAUGGUGUAGAGAUUGUUUCGUCGGAAUGA